AUGCAUUCAGCGCUCAAUCGUGCUCAGGGUGUGUUUGGCUUUUUCACCACAGUUGCACUAGUGUUGGGGAUAUUAACGUCGCUGUCUGUGGUGUUGCACCCCGCUAACCCGGUGACGAGCAUCAAAUUGUCGAACAUAAAAGUUGUCAAGGGCCGCCCGCACUAUUACUCCGUCAAGCGAGAGGAAUAUGCUCAGAUCAGAUUCGAUUUAGACGCCGAUCUCUCCUCCCUCUUCAACUGGAACACAAAACAACUAUUCGUCUAUGUCCUUGCCUCCUACCCAUCCACGAUAUCAUCCGCCUCCGAGCGCUCCAAGAACAUCACUACCACUACCGAAUCCAUAAUCUGGGACACCAUAAUACCCGCACCCGUAUCCCCAUACUCUUUCUCCUCCCUGAAGUCUCGUUUCUUUCCCAAUCUCUCCACCAACGGCUCCAAAAGGCGCCGCGUCUCCAAUGCCAAUAGCAGCAACACCAAGAGAAAAGAAGAUAAGAUUCCCGGCAAAAUUAAGCUUCGUAACCAGAGGCCAAAGUACCAGAUUACCGAUAUCUCGGGCGUUAUUGGGGAACGGAAGAAUGCCACCCUAGUAGUAGGAUGGAAUGUUCAGCCAUGGAUCGGAGCGUUGCAAUGGAGCGCGGCAACGAAUAUUGAAGUUAACCUCGCUGGAAUUUUUGGGCAAAUUUUCAUCCCGCGCCCGCGAGCAGGCAGAAGCAAACCAUUUGACUUCCCAGAGUUAAUGGGAAAGGCGACGACGUCUACAUAG